UAGGAGAGAGCGAGAGAGCGAGAGAGCGAGAGAGAGAGAGAGAGAGUGAGAGAGUGAGAGAGGAGACCGGGCAAGCGUUCUAAUCCUCUCGGACGGCGAACAGAGGCAGACUCGAUUAAUAGUCGUGCUCGUGAGAGAAUCGACGAGCGUCCUUGGUGUCUUCGAGUUGCGCGGGAGCUUGAAAUCUAUCGUUGACUGUUUGAACUCGAACGCGUCUGACGCGGAACGUCGACGUCGAUGGACCGAGUUGGUCGUGCAACGGGAGGAAUCGUCGCGUCAUCGAGCUUAAAUUUGGAGUGAAAAAAUAAUUGAUCAAGGGUUGUCAUGUGAGGAAUACGUUGUCAAAGGGUAGAGAAGAUCCGAUCGAGUCGUUCGUAUCGUUCGUUUUUUGAUCGCGUCGAGUGUACGACCGAGGGCCUUUUAUUCUUUGCUUGUUAGCGAAAGAUUAAGGAAAUAAGUAUGAAGCCAAGCGCUAUAGUUCUGCUGUUAUUCCUCUGCGUGCAGUUCUUAGCCUCGGAGUCGAAGCUACGUCAACAGGCAACGGCUGUCGAGGCGACGGACGACGACGACGACGAUUGGGACGACGAGGAGGAUGACGACGACGAUGACGAUGACGACGACGAUAAUGAAAGUUAUCAUCCGAAACCUGAAAUCGAUGACGAUGGUCGUAUAUAUAAGAAUCCAAGAAAUUCACCGUCCGCUAUGUGCCCACGGGAUCAGGACCAAGCUGAUCUUUUGGGACAGAAGUGCCUGAGGAAAUGUUCUACCGAUGAAGAUUGCAAAAGUAAGAAGAAGAAAUGUAGAUGCGACGGUGCCUGUGGUAUGUCCUGCAUCAAACCUGAAAGAGAAUGUCCACCGUUGACUGAGAUCGAACAUGGAGUAAUGACCAUCACUGGACGAUUUUUCGGUGAUCGAGCAAAUUACGCUUGCGACCCAGAUUACUUCACCGUCGGCUUGUCUGAAAGGACUUGCCGUGCCGAUGGACACUGGACCGGUACUACGCCGUCCUGUAAGAAGGAUCAGAACUCCUUCUGCUCGCAGCCGCCCAAAAUAAAAAAUGCACAACACAAUGCGUUGCUCGAACAAACGACUUAUGAUCUAAACAGCAUGGUUCAAUAUUAUUGUAAUCAUGGAUAUGUAACAACCGGUGCACGCAAGGCUAAAUGUCUUAUGAUGAAUGGUAUAGCUAGUUGGUUCGGUCCUGACAUCACUUGCGAACCACAAAACUGUGGUCCACCGGCGGACAUCGCGAACGGAUGGCACGCUGGUGAAUGUUACACGUACGAUUGUCGCGUGUCCUAUCACUGUGCGAACGAAUACGAAUUGGUUGGUCGAGCUGAAAAGAUCUGUUUGACGGAUGGUUCAUGGAUGCCUAAAGAGUCACCGCAAUGCGUUCAAGUAACUUCCGUACAAUGUCCUAAACCAGAAAAUCCAGAGAAUGGAAAAGCUGUCUAUACUUCCUACGCUUAUAACUCCAUAGUCUCUUAUGAGUGCAAAUACGGUUAUUCGGUUGUGGGAGCGGCGACCAGACGUUGCGGAGCAGAUAGAAAAUGGACAGGAAAAACGCCCACCUGUCAAGAGAUUAAUUGCGGUUCGCCGGGGGUUCUUUAUAACGGUUGGAUAGAAAAUAUCGAAGCAGGUACUGGAUUAGGUGCGAGCAUAAUCUUUCGUUGCAACGAUUAUAUGAAACUCGAAGGUAACGCUUCUUCCGUGUGUCAGAUAGACGGUACGUGGCGUUAUCCUUUGCCACAAUGUUUGGCUCCUUGCGUUGUACCCCAAAUUGAAAAUGGACAUAUAACUGUGGCUAGCCAUGAGAAUGAUCACAUAAACAAUAUUACCGUUGUCGAACACGGCGAGAAAUUAUUGGUGUCUUGCGUACAAAAUUACGAAUUCGCAGCGAACAGUACUGCAGUUGUUUGCAACAAUGGUACUUGGUCGAUAGUACCGAGUUGUUCACCUGCCAGGUGCAAGCGGAUGCCAAAAGCACCAAGAAAUGGCAUGGCCAUAGCUCCCAAAACGGAUCAUGGUAUGAAAGCUGUCUUCAAGUGUAAGGAUGGUUUCGAAUUAAUCGGAGGUGGUCCAUUAAAUGAUUCCAUAUCCGUGGAAUGUCAAUAUGGCAAUUGGACCGGUGACAUACCUUCCUGCAUUCAAGUAUUUUGCCCGUUUCCUGGUUUCAUUGAAAAUGGCAAAGUCUAUUUGGUCGGCAACAUGGGGGUUUACGAUUAUCGGCCUUACGUUAGGAAGGUUGUUAACAAUAAGCAGAUCAUGUACGACUGUAACAAGGGCUAUGUACUCGAUGAAGGGCCUAACGGUGCCACUUGUAUCGGUGGAAAUUGGAGUCCUAAAGAAUUACCCAAAUGUAUUCUAGGUCAGCAUCCUAGAUUGAGGUGGAGCAGACGUCGAAGGUCGAUAGCUGAUGCGACCGAGGAAGAUGUUGCGGCUAAUUACAAGAAAUUUAUCGAGUUUUUCAGGAAGGUCGGUAAGAAGUUAUUGCAUUUGGAAUCGAUCAAAGCACGCGAUCACGAGAAACGUCCUGCGGGUUUCAAUGGAUCCUCGAAAGAGAACGAGGAUGGUACGAAUUCGACUACGUCCUUGCAAUUGAAGAAACAUUCCAACCACGGUAACGGAACGUGGAAUCGCGACGAAAAGAUCGUCGAUUUCUUAAGAAUGGUUUAUAAGAAAUUAGAACGCAUGGAUGCGAGACAGCCGAAAAAUAACACCAAUAACAGCAUGCACGAAUUGUUAAACGCUAUGAGCAAAAACUUCUUCCACGUUGAUUUGACCGAGUCGAGGAAGAAUGGAUCGGGCAGGGGGCGAUCUGUUUUCGAAAUAAGAAAUCAAAGAGAGUUUAUAAGACUGAAGAGAGAAUUCGAGAGGAUCAUGAGAUUCUAUAAUAAAUCGAUGAGAUGGAACGAGAAACAGAAUCGCAAGGAGUCUAGAAAGAAGAGCGGUCAGUCUCACGGUGAGAAGAAUAAAAAAUCGAAGGAUAAGAAGAAACGUAAGAAGAAUUAUUACAAAGGUUUCUACGACUUUGUCAACAGUUACGUGUCCGAAAAAUUGUCCAUGUUGGAAGCACGUAACGCGACUGAGGAAUUAAUUAAAAAAAUGAAGAUCGAUAAGUUCACCGUGAGAAAUGGUACUGCGUUCACUGUUGGCGAGAUGUAUGCAUUUUUCAAACAUAUCAUAGAAAAUAAAUUAAACACAACGGAGGAGAUCUCGGUAACGGAGACAACGACGUUCCUGGUGCCAACGUCGGAUAUCGAUUUUAAUGAAAACGGAACGUCGACGACGUCCACCAAAGACAAUUUGGUCUUGAAUAAUGAGAUUCCAGCUAAGGAAGGGGCACCGAAGCAUCGUAGCAAACGUAUUAGAAAUGCUUCGGAAGAUACGAAUGUUACUCGUCAAAAAAGGAACCUCCUGUCUUUGAAGGUGUCAUCUAAUCCUCAAGCGGGAUCGAAGAUCAAAGAGGAAGAAACUUUCAAGGAUGCGGAUGGAUUCAACGCUCAGGGAUUUACUCUGAACGAACUGGAAGCUCAACAGCAAAGCCGUGCCAAGAGAUUUCUCAAAGCCUCCGAGCUAGAUAAUCAAAUCUUCUUAAAGAACUUGUAUCUCAACGCUUACGAGGAUGAAUAUCGAGAGAAUGUAAAACGUUCGAUAGAAUCGUACGAUCAUACGAAAAGUAGUUGGUCGGCUUCGAGAAGGCGCAAGGGUAACCUCGAUAUUUACGAGAUCAAGUGAUAAAGUUUCAAGUGUUGUGAUAUUAACGGAAUUUAUUAAGUCAUUUAUCGAUAUCAAUCGAAUUUUAGGCGAUGUAUACACACUCACACAAUAUACGGUAUUAGCUGUAAUCGUCGUCCCUCGUCGGCACGCAUUGUAACGCGCGUCGCGCUUUUUUUUCAAGGAGGAAAAGGGUUAAAAGAGAAAAAAGAAAAAAAAGAAAAAAUGAAAAAAAAAGGAAAAAAAAGAAAAAGAGAAAAGAAAAAAAAAUACACUUAAGGGAAUAAAUCUUUUCCAUGCCAAAGCCCUUCGCUCUUUAAGGUUAAAGCCGAAUUAGGUUCUGUGUGUCUAAUCUAAGAAGUAAGCAUGUAGAAACUUUGUAGAUGUAUCAACGUGUCGAUCUAGUGCAUUGACGAAAAAUCCGAUCAGAAUUCAAUAUGGAAACUUUACAAUUAGAACGUAUUUCACUUCUAAUAUUAACUCUCUCCGAUUCUGUAGACUACCCUAGUGUGAUUUACAAAUAAGUCCGAUAUCCACUUCCAACUAAAUGAAAUAGCGCAAGAUCACGAUACUCAUGAUUUUUGUAUUUUAUGCGUUGAAGGCCGCAUUAUUAUUCGAUGUACCUUGUAAUACGCAAAUUAUAAAAUUAAUAAGAGAAUAAGUGUUACCAGAGAGUCCCUUUAUCAAUAUGUUCGUGACAAUGAUUGUAAGAAGAAGAAGAAGAAGAAGAAGAAGAAUCGUUAAAUCGA